GCCUGCGCCCUGGGCAGCUGCCCCCGGUGAGCCUGGGAGAGCCGUGGGCGCUGAGGCGCUGCAGGUGGCUCCGCCCAGACGAUAACACAAAGAAAGAACUUGCAAUCUGCCAUUUCAGGACCCCGUGACAUUGUCCACUGCUGGAAGGGGGCGAUGGCUGUGGCCCUGGGUUGUGCAAUCCAGGCCUCCUUGAAUCAGGGCUCAGUGUUUCAAGAGUAUGAUACUGACUGUGAGGUCUUCCGCCAGCGCUUCCGGCAGUUCCAGUACAAAGAAGCAGCUGGACCUCAUGAAGCUUUCAACAAACUCUGGGAGCUUUGCUGUCAAUGGCUGAAGCCAAAGAUGCGUUCUAAGGAACAGAUCUUGGAGCUGCUGGUGUUGGAGCAAUUCCUAACGAUUCUGCCCACUGAGAUAGAGACCUGGGUGAGGGAACAUUGCCCAGAGAACAGAGAAAGAGUUGUGUCACUGAUAGAAGACCUACAGAGGGAACUGGAAAUACCAGAGCAGCAGAUCGAUAGGCAGGAAAUGCUCUUGGAAGAACUGGCACCAGUGGGAAUGGCACACAUACCACCAAACAUCCACCUGGAGUCACCCCCACUCCAAGUAAUGGGACCUGCCCCGGAGGUCGCAGUGGCAGAGGCGUGGAUCCCACAGGCAGGGCCGCAGGAGCUGAGCUUCGGUGCUGCUGGGGAAGGCCAGCCCUUUCUGGACCCUGGAUAUCCAAUACCCAAACUGGACGUGAACUUUCCUUUGGAGCAUAGAGAAGAGGCAUGGGUGAAGGAACUCCAAGAUUCCAAAGAAAUUAAACAAUUACUCGAUUCCAAGUUAGGUUUCGAGAUCGGGAUAGAAAAUGAAGAAGACACUUCGGAAAAACAGAAAAAACUGGACAACCUGUAUCCGUUUCUAGUUCCUUUAGAGGGGAAUGCUCUUCACGGCCCCAUUUUGCAAAAAGACUACGUACAGUUAGAGAACCACUGGGAAGGCCCCUCGGAGGACUUACAGGCCGACCUGACAAAACUCGUUGAUCGGCAGAACCCCCCUGCAGGAGAGAAGGCUGAGGGCUCCAACGCGGAAGAACCACUCAACCCCAGACCCCACAAGAAGAAGAGUCCAGGAGACAAACCUCACCGAUGUUCUCAGUGCGGGAAGUGUUUUGCGCGGAAGUCACAACUGACGGGGCACCAGAGGAUUCAUUCAGGAGAAGAACCUCACAAGUGCCCCGAGUGUGGGAAGAGAUUCCUGCGUAGUUCCGACCUUUACAGACACCAGCGACUUCACACAGGGGAGAGACCCUACGAAUGCACCGUGUGCAAAAAGCGGUUCACUCGGCGGUCACACCUGAUAGGGCACCAGAGGACCCAUUCCGAAGAAGAGACAUACAAAUGCCUCGAGUGUGGGAAAAGCUUCUGCCAUGGAUCAAGUCUUAAAAGACACCUGAAAACGCAUUCGGGCGAGAAGCCUCACAGGUGUCAUAACUGCGGUAAGAGCUUCAGCAGGCUGACAGCUCUUACUUUGCACCAGAGAACUCACACUGAAGAGAGACCCUUCAAGUGUAACUAUUGUGGGAAAAGCUUUAGACAGAGACCAAGCCUUGUCAUUCAUUUAAGAAUUCACACUGGGGAGAAGCCAUACAAGUGUAGUCAUUGCUCUAAAAGCUUCAGACAGAGAGCAGGCCUCAUUAUGCACCAAGUCACUCACUUUAGAGGACUUCUCUAAGAAUUCCUAAAGGAAGCAGAUCCGACAGAAAUUGACACUAACUCAAAAACAAAAACAACAAACUUAACCCUGCCGCAGCCUGUGUGUCUUGGAAGAUUUUUUUUUGGUUUGUGCUUAUAAGAACAGUGUUUUUUCUGCUUUAAAAACCCAUCUUCCAAGGCAUAUGCAUUCUAGAGUAUCCAUCUACUCUUAGAAUUUUCCUAGAUUUGACUUAUUCUGUCUCGACACCUCUUUAUUUUUUAUUACAUUGAAAUUUUUUUUUUUUUUUUUUGGUGAACCAAGCCAACCGUAUCAUAGAUGUAAGCAUAAAAGGUGAUUUAUAUUAGUUUAAAGCCUUAUAUGCAUCCCAAGUGGCAGGGUGGGGUGACAUAACAGAAACUCGUAUCUACCUGACAUGUCUAUUCUAGCAGCGCCAUAGCAUUCUGCUGUCGUUAUUAAAGGUGAUUUAUAUUAGUUUAAAGCCUUACAUGCGUCCCGAGUGGCAAGAAAGGAGACAGUGUAUUUUGUCAAACAAUAAAAAUGCGUUAGGAACACAUGGACAAGGAGCAUUUCAUUUACCUGCUAUGAACUGGCUUCUUUCCAUUGAAAAUUUCGUUUUUGAGGGAACUCGAUUUUUAACCUUUGGAAUUUCGCAGUUUGCUACUCUGCUUAGUCGGCAGUCUGAGGUGACGCCACUUGGAGCUGAGUAUUGACUUAAUGAUUUAUUUUGUUCCCAGAAUAGUCAGCCUUUUGUGGGGGCCCCAUUUGACAGGUGAAGUCAUACAAGUAGAAUCUGAUUUCAUUGAGGUGGAGGAACCAGUGUCCAUUACUUUUCCCUUUCCUUUGCUGUUCAGCUGUGUGUCUCUCGGUGCUUUAAAA